CUUGAGCAUGGUGGCGAAUGGUCAUCGGAACCAGGCUUGGUCUUCGGUACCGUUCCCAUCCGGCUUGUCCUGUCGCCAUCGAUCGCGGGAGACGGGGCCAUCCAGCGCUCGGUUGUUUGUUAAACGUCGCCAGCGUGGCUCGAGGUGGAUGCUCAUCUGCAGUUCGCAAAGCGGUGCCCUGAUACGGAGCUCCCAUCAAAGAAAGCAUCAAGCCAUCGAGCCAUCGAGCCUUGCGCAAUUCUAUUGCAGACAAGGAAAUGUGAUGAGAUGGACUAUGGGGUCCGCUGGAGAAAACGAAGGCCCUGGGUCAAUGGGUCGUGCUCUUGGAAUGGCUUACAAAUGAAUACUGCCCCUUGCUUCGACUUACUUCUCCCUCUUCCAAGGAGUGGAAGUAUCAAUAAGCUGGAAGAUGGUCCAGGCUCACCACGGGUUGUAUAUUCAAGCAUCAUAACGACAGGGGGAAGGGUUAACCCCAUACGAGGAGGCUCUUCCUGUCGAAUCGACCUAGAAUAAUCAGUACCCUACUCGAAAUUAUUACCGCC